GACAUUAGCUGAUAAAAUCUAAUCUACAGUAAAGAAAAUAAGAUUAGAGGUCCAGAAUUUAUUUUUUGUUUGUUGAUCUUGUAAAGCACAAAAGCAAAAUAUCUGUGGAAUAUUAGAGGCCCCAAUUCUUUUCUACUCUGUGAUUUUUACAAUCCUAUUCUAUGCCUAUGAUACGUCAAUCUAAUCAAUCAAAAAUUUAUACACUAUCAAUAUAAAUAAAAAUAUAUCUUUGUUUUAAUCAACGAUGAAUACGAGUAAAACUGGAUAAUGUUAGACAAAAAUGUCUGAGUAAAUAAUUUGUACAUUAUAAAUUAAAGUAAUUGAAAAAUCAUCGUUCAGUAACAUUAUCAAACCGAGUUACAGAAACAGAAAAGUCUACGUAUAAAUAGCCAAAACAAUGGGAAUGUCUCGGUGCUAUUCACUAAUGAAAUGUUUGUUAAUACUGUUCAACAUUAUAUUUUUGUGCGUGGGCAGUAGCGCGUGCGGGUUCGCCGCGUGGGCGCUGUGGGACGGGCGCGGCAACGAGAGCGGCGCCGCGCGCGCCGGCCUGCUGGCCGUGGCCGCGUGGGGCGCCGCGCUGGCGCUGGGCGCGCUGGCGGCGCUGUGCGGGGCGGCGCGCAGCUCGGCGCCCCUGCUGGCGGCCGCCUUCUCCCUGCUGGCGCUGACGGGCGUGGCGGAGGCGGCGGCGGCGUGGUGGGGCGCGGCGCACCGCCCCGAGCUGCGGCGCGCGCUGCACGAGGCGCUGGAGCACACGGUGCGCCACGAGUACGGCGUGCUGCCCUCGCGCACGCAGCUGCUCGACGUCAUACAGCAGGGGCUGGAGUGCUGUGGCGCCGACGGGCCGCGCGACUGGCAACACUCCGCCUGGGCGCGCGCGCAGGGGGGCGCCGCCGGGGGCGCGGGGGGCGCGGCCGACGUGCUGGACCUGUCCGUGGGCGCGCCCACCAGCUACUAUUGGGUGCCGCCGUCCUGCUGUGUGCCCAGCGAUGAUCCGGAGGCGUGCGGCGCGGCGCGGCGCGUGGCGGGCGCCAGCGCGGGCGGCGGCGGGCUGCACGGCGCCGCGUGCGGCCCGCGCGUGCUGGCGGCGCUGGCCCGCCUGGCGCGCGCGCCGCUGGCGCUGGGCGCGGCGCUGCUGGCGCUGCACGCGGCGGCGCUGCCGCUGGCGGCCGCGCUGUGGCUGCGCGCGCACCCGCGGCCCGCCUACAAGGCCUAGCCGCCCGGCGCGCCACCGCCGGCCCGGCGGACGACACGUCGCUAGUCUCGCCGCACGUGUGUGAAGCCACCUCCCGGCCGAUAAUGUUGCAUCUUGUGCCUGCUCCGGCCGAGCGACGUCGCCGUGCGCCGGGACCCACUACUCGUAGUUGUAACGUAGAGCUUAACCAAAUGUGUGUUAGAUGUAAGUGUGUGUUGUAUAAUGUGUUGCUCGCUGUGUUGCUCGCUAACCGCCAGCCAGCCGGGCUCUCUUACUUGUACUUAGUUCCAUCAUUCAAAGUGAAUACAAUAAAAUAAUGUGUGCAUUUACUCAUAGUAAGUGUCGCCAUCUAUGUGGUAUAUGACUAUGUACGAGUGUGGGGCUGCUGGCUACUGGCGCAGUAAGCACAGCGCCGUUUGAUAUUUCUGUUUAUGUACAAGUAUCCGUGUGUCCGUGUGUCCGUGUGUCACAGUACUGUGACGUCAUGAUCUCUAUCACUGCCAAUAUUGACACAACGCUAUAAGACUUUUAAGUUGAGACUGAUUUUAUUUUCUUUUACAUUGUUAGUACUUAAGUUGAAACUCAGUACAAAUAUUUAAUUUUCCACGAGAAUACUAUAUAGUAAUUUAAAUGUAUAACAUAAGAUAUUUAUUAAUUUGACUGAUGUUUGUCUAAGUUACGCAGGUAGCGCGCCGACCGGCACUCGAUGUCCAAUGUCACAUUGUGGCCUCAUGCCAAGUGAUGCUGGGUGAGAGGUACCCGAGAACUGGACUACUUGGUUUUUUUUUUGCAAAGCACGCCUUUUAUCCCCGAAGAGAGGUGCACAUUACGGCACAUAAUGCCGCUAUACAAUGUACACCUACUUUUCUCCAUUUGUGUUUUUAUAGGGAUUGUUAAUAAAUCACUAAUCAUUUAUUUUAUCGAUUAUCUCAUUGAUUUAGUUGUAAGAUUUUUUUUAUAGUAUUUUUCUAGCGUUUAAAAAAGUAUACCUAAUGAUAUUUGUCAAAAAAAAACAUGACGUCGUAGUUUGCAAUCUCAUACAAAAUUCAUAGAAAUUAAAAUAUCGUUUUAACAUUUUUCCAUAAAUAGUUUGGUUUUGACUAGUUGUUGUCAUUUCGUAUUGUAAGUGGAGUAUCGCUAGGUUCGUUCGAACAUGAUCGUCCGUGGUGGGUAGUGAAGAAGAAUGAAGUGGUCAGAUAGUCAGCAUACAGUGAAGUGCCUGUCGGUCGGUCGCGACUCUGACAUUAUUAAUAUAUUACUAAUGUAGCUAUGUAUGUGCUAGGUAGCUGAUGUAUGUUCGCGGGCUGCGGUGCGCCCCGACCUAGUAAUGUCUUACAUUUCGUUGUGGGUGACUUACCGUCUUUCAUCAAUUUAAAAUCCCAUGUCGGUGGCAGAGCAGCCCGCCACCUGGUGCCAUUUAGAGUAAACUGUCUACAGAGGAACUUAUCCUAGAUGUACACUAACCUAUUAUAAUAUUGUAAUAAUAAACGUGUCAUUGAGUA